AUGCAGAUAGGUUUUUUCGUUUAUCAAUACGCUAAACUUAGAAUGCUUCAGUUUUAUUUUGAUUUCAUGGAUAAGUAUCUUGAUCGUACUGAUUUUCAGUAUUGUGAAAUGGACACCGACUCUGCCUAUAUCGCCAUCGCAGGGCAAUCGGUAGAAAGUUUAGUAAAACCAGAGUUAAGAGGAGAAUUUGAAGCAGACAAGGCGAAUUGGUUUCCACGAACCGACACUCCAGAACACAAAGCUUAUGACAAAAGAACACCAGGUUUAUUUAAGGAAGAGUGGACAGGGGCAGGAAUAAUUGGUCUAAGUAGCAAGACCUACUAUUGCUUUGGGGCCUAUGAUAAGUUCAGUUGUAAAGGGGUUAACAAGAAAACAAACGACAUUAACAAAGAAAAAUAUCUUAAUGUUCUGUUGACCAAACAGAGUAGUGCAGGAUUAAAUAAAGGUUUUCGGGUAGUCAACAAUAGCAUGUAUACUUAUGAACAAGUUCGAGAUGGGUUUUCCUACUUUUACCCCAAAAGAAAAGUGUUGGAGGAUGGAGUUACCACCAUGCCUCUAGAUAUAUAAAAUUGUGUUGUAAAUUGAUUGCUGUAUUAAAAAAAUGAGUAUCAAAAAAAUUGUAACGUGUGUGAUUCAUAAAUAAAACGAUUUAUAAAAAACAAAAAAACGCGUUUCUUGUAAUUCUCUGACUUAAGGCGCGAGUGUGUUCCCACGCACAACUUCCCCACGCGACCUUCUCGCGUGUUCCUGAGAAAAAAAAAAACGCUUGAUUUCUGCCCUUUAUGCCCUUGGUGCCCGUUGUGCCCUGGAAAAUAAACGAUAAAUUUCGUGUCGCAAAAUAGAUUUGUUCAGUUUUAAGUCUGCUUUCAUACCGUUAACAUGAAAAAACUAAAAUGCAAGCAUUGUCCUGUUCCCGGCUGUGGGUCAAAAUUUUUAGUUCGAUUAGCAAACCAUUUGGCUCAGGUACACGAGCUGUCUAACUUAGAGAGAAAAUAUUUGCUCCAGUUUGCUAAAUUACAAAAUACCAACAUGAUUCGUGUAUAUGAUAAAGAUACUCCACCAAAGACCAUUUCUCUAUAAAUAAGAGCAAACGCAGUUGAACCAGUCAGUUGUCAACAUGGACCCAAAGUGGAAACACCCCUUUCCUGCUAUUGUAGCUGGCCCCACUUGUUGUGGAAAAAGUCAGUUUGUCAAACACCUGUUGGAAUCUGGAGAAGAAUUAAUAGACGGAGCUCCUGAAAAUAUCAUUUGGUGUUAUGGGAUAUACCAACCGGCUUACGAUGAGAUGCUAAGGACUAUUCCCAACAUCACGUUCGUCGAAGGAGUUCCUGGUGAUUUAGAAUCCAUGAUAAACCCAACCAUUCGAAAUUUAGUGGUCAUUGACGAUUUAAUGCAGGAGCUUAGCAAUGAUCAAAGAAUUACCAAUUUGUUUACUAAGGGCUGUCAUCACCGAAAUUUAAGCGUUAUUUUCAUUCUUCAAAAUAUUUUUCACCGGGGAAAAGAACUGAGAGACAUGAGUUUGAAUUGCCAUUAUUUGGUGAUGUUCAAGUCUCCGCGAGAUAGCAGUCAAGUCAGUCACUUGGCGAAACAGAUGUUUCCCGGUCAUGUCAAAUACAUGCAAGAAGCGUUUCAGGAUGCGACAAAACGCCCUUAUGGCUACCUGUUAUGCGACCUCAAACCGGAAACGCCUACCGACUUCCGAUUGCGCACAAGCAUUUUCCCUGGAGAGACUCAGCUCGCCUAUGUCAGAAAGGUAUAAAAAAGCUCCAUCGUAGUGAUUGAUAUCAGUUGAGUAUGGCCCAGCGACUAAGAAAGAACCACGAUUUUCUUAAGCUCCUCGUCAAGUGUACCCCAGCUCAACGUAAAGCAAUUUUGAAAGCAGCCGACGACGCUUUAGUAAGAACCAUUUGUGAGUGUGUAUUCAACGUACUUAAAGAAACAGUCCCUGUCAGUAAACCGGCAAAGAAAAAACUUCUUAAGCACAAGAAAGCCUUGACUGCUUUAGCUGAAAAGAGUACCCCGCUAAACAAGAAAAAGCAAAUCUUGGUACAACACGGAGGAAACUUUUUAAGUGUUUUGCUACCUCCCGUUCUUCGGGUGUUGAGCUCGCUUCUUAAUUAAGAUGAAUCAUACAAGACGCAUGGUUCUCGUUCCUGAGAACACUCUGGAGCGAUUGCAGCAACGUCAGCAGAUAUUAACACCACCUGUAACACAAACUCUGAAAAAUCUGGAUAGCCAAAUGGGGGAUAUUUUAGAAAAUAAACAGCUUGAUGAUGAGGAAAAGGCGAAGCUUUACAAUCAGGUGUUGCAACGGUACUUGACUUAUUACGAUCAGCGGAAAGGCCAGCCUCUCCAUGUGAAGUUAAUGACCCUUAAAACAACAGAAACCUCCAAACCAGUUGAGAACGCAGAAUCUACAGAGGAAGCUUCUCCAGAUAAUUCUCUUCCAACAGCAGUAGAGCUAGAGGUCCUGCGAAGUGUACCGAAAAUGUACAAAGCUGGGGCUAGACAGUUGUUGGAUAAAAUUAAAAAACACCAGGAUGUGUUACAUUGGAAUGAUAAAGGAGAGCUGUUGUAUGAAAACAAACCAAUCCCAGGUUCUCAUGUGGUCGACCUAGUCAACGACACAUUGCGUCACCGAAAAGGAUUUGAACCAGUGAGGUGGUCCGUGUUUGCGAGGGGCCUAGCGCGAGUGAAUGUCCCCGAAAACUUGGUUCGUAAUCCCCAACGUCAGAGUGCCAUAAGAGAGUUUAAAGCAAGAGUGAGAGAGGAGACCCCAGAAAGUCCUUCGCGUUGGCUACCCACCCCACCUGUGACGUUAUCUUCUGUCAAAAAGCAGAGGCGCAGAGUCGAGAGUCCUCGCCCUCAGGCUGUUCGAUGGUUACGAUUAUAA